AUGCCCAGCGCCACGGGUCAAAACUGGGAGAAGUAUCAGAAGAAGUUUGCCGACGACGAGCCCGAAGAGAAGAAGAUCACUCCCUUGUCCGACGAGGAUAUCCAAGUCCUCAAGACGUACGGCGCCGCUCCCUAUGCCGCCGCCCUGAAGAAGCUCGAGAAGGACAUCAAGGAUCGCCAGACGAGCGUGAACGAGAAGAUUGGCGUCAAGGAGUCAGACACCGGUCUCGCCCCUCCGCAUCUCUGGGAUAUCGCCGCCGACAGACAACGCAUGUCAGAAGAGCAGCCGCUGCAAGUCGCCCGCUGCACAAAGAUCAUCGCCGACGAGAACGAGGAAAAGAGCAAAUAUGUCAUCAACGUCAAGCAAAUAGCAAAGUUCGUCGUCAACCUCGGCGAGCGUGUCUCUCCCACCGAUAUCGAGGAAGGCAUGAGAGUAGGUGUCGACCGUAACAAGUACCAGAUCAUGCUCCCCCUUCCGCCCAAGAUCGAUCCCUCAGUCACCAUGAUGACAGUCGAAGACAAGCCCGAUGUCACCUACGGCGAUGUCGGUGGUUGCAAAGAGCAGAUCGAGAAGCUACGUGAAGUCGUCGAGAUGCCCCUGCUGUCACCAGAGCGCUUCGUCCACCUCGGUAUCGACCCUCCCAAGGGUGCUCUUCUCUAUGGUCCUCCCGGAACCGGUAAAACUCUCUGCGCCAGAGCCGUCGCCAACCGAACAGACGCCACUUUCAUCCGCGUCAUUGGUUCCGAGCUGGUGCAAAAGUACGUUGGUGAGGGUGCCCGUAUGGUGCGUGAGCUCUUCGAGAUGGCCCGUACAAAGAAGGCCUGUAUCAUCUUCUUCGACGAAAUUGAUGCUGUUGGUGGUGCUCGCUUCGAUGACGGCGCUGGUGGUGACAACGAGGUACAACGUACCAUGCUGGAGCUCAUCACCCAACUCGACGGUUUCGAUGCUCGUGGAAACAUCAAGGUCAUGUUCGCUACCAACCGUCCUUCUACUCUCGAUCCUGCUCUCAUGCGUCCUGGACGUAUCGAUCGUAAGAUUGAGUUCUCCUUGCCCGACAUGGAGGGUCGUGCCAACAUCUUGCGCAUUCACGCAAAGAGCAUGAGCGUUGAGCGCGAUAUCAGAUGGGAGCUCAUCUCUCGUCUAUGUCCCAACUCAACUGGUGCUGAGUUGCGAUCCGUCGCUACCGAGGCUGGUAUGUUCGCCAUUCGUGCCCGCAGAAAGGUUGCCACCGAGAAGGACUUCCUCAGCGCUGUGGAGAAGGUCAUCCGCGGCGGCCUCAAGUUCAAUUCGACCGCCGCCUACGCCCAAUACAACUAG